UCCUCGCACUCGCAGCUGUACCGCCAACCAAAAUCUCCUUAGGACGCCGGCCUCUGGGUCUCCCUAACCGCCGUUGUUUCGCCCCUCUCUGGUGUCCCCAACCAGCCGAGGGAAUCCACCUAUCUACCAGUUUAUUUCCACAGAACAAGCAGGAGUUUUCCCUUUUUCUUUCCUUUUUUCUGAGAAAUGGGAAAGGCUUCAAGAGAUAAACGGGAUAUCUACUAUCGGAAAGCGAAGGAGGAAGGAUGGCGUGCUCGAAGUGCCUUCAAGCUCCUCCAGAUUGAUGAAGAAUUCAACAUUUUUGAAGGAGUGAGGCGUGUGGUUGAUUUAUGUGCAGCUCCUGGUAGCUGGAGUCAGGUUUUGAGUCGCAAAUUGUACCUCCCUGUCAAGCUGGAUCCUAAUGCAAAGGAUAGCGACCUUCCACUUAUUGUGGCAAUUGAUUUGCAGCCUAUGGCUCCAAUCGAGGGUGUUAUUCAAGUUCAGGGUGAUAUAACAAAUGCAAGAACAGCUGAAGUGGUUAUCAGACAUUUUGAUGGAUGCAAAGCUGACCUGGUUGUCUGUGAUGGUGCCCCUGAUGUUACUGGUCUUCACGACAUGGAUGAAUUCGUUCAGUCUCAACUCAUACUUGCAGGUCUGACAAUUGUAACCCACAUACUGAAGGAAGGUGGAAAGUUCAUUGCCAAGAUAUUUCGAGGAAAGGACACAAGCCUGCUCUAUUGUCAGUUAAAACUUUUUUUCACUGAAGUGACCUUUGCAAAACCAAAAAGUAGCCGGAACUCAAGUAUAGAGGCAUUUGCUGUUUGUGAGAAUUACUCUCCUCCUGAAGGAUUUAAUGAGAAGGAUCUGCAUCGCCUCCUUGAAAAGGUUGGGAGUCCAUCUGGUGCGGAUGAUCUAGAUUGCAGCAGUGGAUGGUUGGAAGGUCCAAACAAGGUGUACAUCCCGUUUCUGGCAUGUGGAGACCUAAAUGGGUACGACUCGGAUCGUUCUUAUCCACUGCCCAAAGUUGCAGAUGGAAAGUAUCGGAGUUUGGAUCCUGUACAACCUCCCAUAGCACCACCAUACAAGAGAGCGCUUGACAUGAAGAAAGCUUUAAGUCAGGGAAUUCGAGACAUGGAGAAACUCAACGUGAUGCAUGACUGUUAAACUCAAACUUGUUUAACAAGUAGGUUAUAGGAAUUUACGGAAUUCUUGUGUAAGCUCAAUUUUUUUGCCCCCCUCCCAAAAAAAAAGUACUGUUUUGAUCUGGAGAUGUGUCUACUGCAGCGAGAUAAUUGAAGACUUCUGUUGGAAAUUAUACGUAUUCCUGCUUCAGAGUCUAAACAAAAGUCAGUAAGAUGCGCAUCGGUUUGAGAUUGUUUAUCGAGGUAUUGGCAAGUAUGGUGGUAGUGGGUAAAUGGUGAAAUAUGGGUUUGUUUA